AUGGCGCCGCCGCCUAAGCCGCCGCCGCCGCCGCCGCCUGGUUACUUCGACCUGCAAGCCAAGGCCGCCGCCGCCGCCGAGGCCUCAGCCUCUUCUACCCCUCCCACGGCUACUCCUCUCUCCUACACAGACACCAUAGCCGAUGUCACCCCCUUCAUACCUAUUACUUUAGAUCUUGCCCAACACAACUACUACCAUUGGCGCCACCUCUUUGAGGUUCACCUCGGGCGCUGCAACCUCCGUCAUCACAUCGCCGCCGACGCCGCCCCUCGUCCUGACGACGCUCGCUGGAUCACAGAUGAUCUCGCCAUCAUCCAAUGGAUCUACACACGCGUGUCCACGGAGAUUUUCAAUCUCGUUUUCCGUGAGGCCGCCACCGCCGCCGCCCUCUGGGCGUCCCUGCGCCAGCUCUUCCAGGACAACGCUGACGCCCGGAUCAACAACCUCCACUCCGCGAUCCGCAACACCCCUCAGGGGGACUCCUCGCUCAGCGUCUACUGUCAGCGCAUCCAGACGAUGGCGGAUGAGCUCCGCGAACUAGGCGAUCCUAUGCCUGAUCGCUAG